GAGAAGCUCUAUUUCAUAGCAGAUUUCCUGGCUAGCACUCCGAGGCUUAGACUCAUCUGAAGAUAACAAUCGGAGAGAAAUGUGUACUUUAGAGAAGCGAGGUAACGUCUACAUCCUCACGUUGACCGGCGCCGGCGACCACCGGCUGAACCCCAAUCUCCUCGAUUCCAUCCAGUCAGCCCUCCGCCGGCUUCACGCCGAGCCAGCCAACCCUUCCUCCGUUCUAAUCACCACCGCCGAAGGCAAAUUCUUCUCCAACGGCUACGAUCUGGCCUGGGCCGAAACCCCCUCCGCCGUCGCCGCCGCCUCGGCAACUCCCGGAGGCCAAAAUCCCUUCCAGCUCAUGUCAGCGAAGCUCCGCUCAGUGAUCGCGGACCUCAUCACGCUCCCCAUGCCGACAAUCGCCGCCGUCACGGGCCACGCGGCCGCGGCGGGGUUUAUCCUCGCCUUGAGCCACGAUUACAUCCUCAUGCGGAGGGACCGAGGGUUCAUCUACAUGAGCGAGGUCGAUAUCGGGCUGGUGGUCUCGGCGUGGUUCAUGGCGGUGCUCAAGUGUAAGAUCGGGGACGCGGCCGCGCGGAGGGAUCUGGUGCUGCGGGCGGCGAAGGUCACGGCGGGCGCGGCGGCGGAACGAGGGAUUGUGCACUCGGCGCACGAUAGCGCGGAGGGGACAUUGGCGGCGGCGGUUGAAUUGGGGGAGGAGCUGGCCAGGAGGAAGUGGAACGGACACGUGUACGCUCGUAAUAGGAUGGUGGUGAUGGGUGAGGUUUUGGAAAAGAUCGGGUUCGACGAGACCGUUGAGGGGCAGAACGGGAAUAAGAUUAAGGCUCAUCUGUGAUCCAUCUAAGUGUAACGGGCUAAUAGCUUGUCUGUUUUGAGCUGGGCCCAGUUUGCCUUUAAUUUAUAGGACUGCGAUGUCUACUGGGCUUAAGGUGAGCCCAAUUUAAGAAUGUGGGGUUGGAGUUUGGACCGAUCUAAUUUUUAAAUUUGCCAUGGAAGUCCUUAUACAUGAAGAAGAGAUAACAAAUGUGCCUUUCUAGGGUAUUCGGUAAACCGGUAUUUGGUAUAACCGGUUACAAUCGGUAUUCGAUAUACCGAAUACCGGCGGUAUUGGUAUUCGGCUGCAUUUCUUGGCCAAACAGUAUACCGUAAACCGACCAGUCAUAUACCGACGGUAAAUCGGUAUACCGAAUACCGAAUAAAAAAAAACGACAGCGUAGGGCGGUAGCGGAAUUGGGGGUUGUGGCAUUUGUAAACCCUAAAAUCUAAAUCAAAUCGACACCUCGCCCCCGCCCUCCACCUCGUCUCGGCGUUUCCUCUAUUCGACUGUUCCUCUCCAUCCAGAGGCCGAGGCGAAAUCCAGCACGCCGCGGCGCCGCGCUCCAGCACCACGCCUCGUCUGUGUUCCUCUUUGCACAGCAGCAGUCCCUGCGCCGAAGGUAGGAAGGAAAAGUCGAAACCCAGAGCCAGCAGCCAGCACGCCGCGUCGCCGCGCUCCACCACCACGCCUCAUAUGUCUUCCUCUUCGCCAGCAGCAGUCACCAGCAGCAGUCCCUGGCUCGAAAACGUAAUCUCAAUGCAUUAACCGGUAUUAAUACCAGAUACCGACUAUUCGGUAUACCGGCUAACAUUCGAUAUCGGUAUUCGGUGGGUACACUGUCUGGUUCCGGUAUACCGGAUACCGACCGAUUACCAGCCCUACUUUCUAUUACUUUACAUUUUUAUUAUUAUAUAAGAUCCCUCUUUAUUAUGAAAAACUCAUUCUUAAUGAGAAUAUGUUUGAAGAUAAUAAGUUCAACACCUUCGUUAUUAAUAAAUGGUUACUAAGUGCAACUACUUAUGAACCAAUAUUUGCUAAGCAUGGAAUUUGCAAAUCAUUUUGUAGUGAUCGACAUGAACUAUGAUGUGAUUUGUAUUAUAAAAUAAAACAUAAAAAUAAUAAGCAAUAACGAAAGUUGUCAAUUAUAACGUAACUUUGGAUACCAAUCAUCAAUCAUUUAAGUGUCGGCCAUUUUAUAUUUUAACCGCUACGCAUAAGCAAAAUAUAAUCGAGUCAGCCACCAUAAGAUUAAAUUGUGUUGUUAACUUUACUUUGUUAUCAAACUUUUAAAUUGAUUCACUCGUGGUCCAAAACUACUAGUGUUUGAAUGGUUAACUAACCCGUUCAAGAGAAGCUUAACAAAGGAACAAAAAAGAAUCUCCAUGAAAGGAAACUCAAAGGAAACUACGAUUAUCCACCCACUAAAAAUAUCAUAUUAUGACAUCAUUUUCUUUCCUGGACUAAAAAGCUAAAAUUAAAAAUUACACAGAAAGUUAAAAUUACAGUGAGGACUGAGGAGUGGAAGUCUCCAGCGAGAGGUGAGAGAGUGAGACCGGAGACCCAAAUAAAUAGUAACUUUGAAA